UGUACUGGAGGACUGGUAGUGGCAGCAGAUCAUCGAGCCUGUUGUGUGGGAACAGAUGAUGGGCUUUCUUUCAAUGAUGGCACCACCUGUACUCUCUGUAUAGUGCAUGGGUUCCGGCAGAGUAAGUAUGAUGUGGUAGAGGGCGGGAGACUGGACACAAGGUUUCAACUCAAUGUAAAGGGAACAACACAGUUUGGUGGUGGUCUUGUUGUCCCUGGUCUCAUUACAACUGCAGCAGAUGGCACUGCAAGUAAGCUUCAUGUGUAGUAGUUAGCUUUACCUGCACAUGUUAUAUCUGCAGGCACCUCAGACUUUGAAAGGCUGCAACCAAUCAGAGUAACAAACAGUGCAGAGAUUCGUCUGUUCACUUCCAAUGAUGAAAUCACUCUGGAGUAUGACGACAGAGUGCUACUGAGGUUCACUCCUGACGAUCCUAGUCUUAUUCCUGGUUUAGAGGCUAAUGGAGAGUAUAUCAGAGAUACUGCAACAGUCAAUAUCGUUGAUAAUGAUU